UUUUUUACAGUACCCGGUUUUCAAAUGAGGUCACGUAUAUAUAAUAAACAAAUUCACCUUCAACUUUUUUUCUUCCCUCUUUAUUUUUUAUUCCACCGUUUUUCACAUUCCCUAAAAUCUCCUCUUCCACCAUGUCCUCCAGGGUUUGCAAGUUCUAUGCCCGAGGGAUAUGUUUGAAAGGGGAUCAAUGUGAUUUUUCUCAUCAGAGAAAGGAUACUCAUCAAAGAAAGGAUAAUCCAGUUGAUAAACAGAUUUGCUCCUAUUAUCAGAAAGGUUCUUGUGCUUAUGGUAGUCGGUGCAGAUAUAAGCAUGUCAAAGCUUCUCAAGCAUCAUCUUCGGCAUCUUUGGUUCCAAAUUGUGCUGUGGCUCACGGUGUUAAACUAGCACCGAGUUGGGUUCCGAAGGUUACAAGAGUUCCUCCUCCGCCUUGCAAGCAUGGCGUAAGGAGUUUUCAACACAACCAUCAGGACUCUAGCGAUGUUGGUGAAUCUAGUAGUACUGGUAGUACUAGUGCUAGACUGCAUGGACAUUUGUUUUGUAAAUUUGCCGCGGCAAACUGUCCCUUUGGACAUGGAUGUUCUCGUGUUCAUGGAAAUCAAUGUUUAUACUGUAGAAAAUAUUGCUUGCAUCCUAGUGAUAGAAGAGAAAAAGAAAAUCAUUUGAAGACUUGUGACAAAAAGGAAAAGUACGUUCUGGCUUUGAAAAAUAGCGAAGAAAUAGAAUGCAAUGUUUGUCUCGAGCGUGUCCUUUCCAAACCCAAACCAUCAGAACGGAAGUUUGGGUUGCUUCCAGAAUGUGACCAUGCUUUUUGUUUGUCAUGUAUCCGCAAUUGGCGUAAUAGUGCCCCAAGCUCUGAAUUUGAAACGGGUAAUAAUAUCAAUACAGUUAGAACCUGCCCUGUUUGCCGCCAACUAUCAUAUUUUGUCAUUCCAAGUGGUAUUUGGUAUACUACAAAGGAAGAAAAACAGGAAAUUAUUGAUAACUACAAGGCAAACUGCAGAUUGAUUGAUUGCAAACAUUUCGAAUCUGGUAAUGGGAAUUGUCCAUUUGGGGCUAGUUGUUUUUACAAGCAUACAGUGAAGCCUGGCUCAUACACAUGGAUACACCACAGGCCUCCACCUCAACGUAAACAAACCGAUUUUGAUAUGUAUGACAUGUUGGACAUGCUCAGUGAAGUCGAUCUAUCAAGCGGAGAAUUUUAUUCCAUCAUGAGGGACUCAGAAUUUUUUGAUGAGAUGGAUCCAUUAGAGAUGAUGGCUUUAUCAGAUUCUCAGGCUGGUGGUUCGGUUCCCUGUUUGGGUCCUUUUGAGUCUGAUGAUGAGGGGGAUAACUUCAAUGUUUUUCGAAUGGCUGCUAUGUCAGAGGCCCUAGAUAACUUGGAUGAUUUUGGCCCUGAUGAUUUUGGCCCAGAUGAUUUCGACCCAGAUGAUUUUGAUGAAUUGGAUCCUAUGGAGGCAGCCUUGAUAUCCAUGAUGAUGCAUUCCAAUAUUGAUGAAGAUAGUGAGGAUGAGUAUUAGAUUUUCUUGGUUCAUUUGAUGCCUAUAUUUUAACAGUUUUUGGAGAGUUUCCUUUAAAAUGUAACUUAUCUUUUUUGAUGAAAAAUCAUUUGGCAGGAACUUAGAUUAUCAUUCUAGUUUGCGAUUUGCUUAGAACUCGUGUCGUGUCUAUAUAUCAUAUGCCAUUUGAAGGUCGUGUGCUAUUGAAGGAGUUUUGGCUUUAAGGGUUUUGUGUUGGAUUUUGUGGCUCAUGUAGCUAUUUUGCUCAAGUGAUGAUGGAAUAGGUAAAGUUUGGUUGAGUUUGAAUCUA